AUGGAGGCGUCGGCUGGGCCGGGGCCGGGGGCGUCUCCAGAGGGGCCCGAAGCCCCGGAGAGGCGGCGCAAGGCACACGGGAUGCUGAAGCUGUACUAUGGUCUCCCAGAGGCCGAGCCCGGAGCCUCGGGGGCCGCCCCCGACCCGCGGGACCCCACGGACCUCAACGGCGCGCACUUCGACCCAGAAGUGUUCCUGGACAAGCUACGGAAGGAGUGCCCGCUGGCCCAGCUGAUGGACAGCGAGACGGACAUGGUCCGGCAGAUCCGGGCUCUGGACAGCGACAUGCAGACUCUCGUCUACGAGAACUACAACAAGUUCAUCUGUGCCACAGACACCAUCCGCAAGAUGAAGAAUGAUUUCCGGAAAAUGGAGGACGAGAUGGACCGCCUGGCGACCACCAUGGCUGUCAUCACGGACUUCAGUGCCCGCAUCAGCGCCACCCUCCAGGACCGCCACGAGCGCAUCACCAAACUGGCUGGUGUCCACGCUCUGCUGAGGAAGCUGCAGUUCCUCUUUGAGCUGCCCUCUCGGCUCACCAAGUGUGUAGAGCUGGGGGCCUAUGGGCAGGCCGUGCGGUACCAGGGCCGGGCUCAGGCGGUGCUGCAGCAGUACCAGCACCUGCCCUCCUUCAGGGCCAUCCAGGACGACUGCCAGGUCAUCACUGCCCGUCUGGCCCAGCAGCUACGCCAUAAGUUCAGGGAUGGCGGGGCAGGAGCCCCAGAGCUGGCAGAGUGCGUGGAGCUGCUUCUGGCUCUGGGGGAGCCGGCGGAGGAGCUGUGUGAUGAGUUCCUGGCCCAUGCCCGGGGGCGGCUGGAGGCUGAGCUGGGCAGCCUGGAGGCUGAGCUGGGCCCCUCGCCGCCAGCCCCUGACGUGCUGGAGUUCACUGACCACGGCGGCAGUGGCUUUGUGAGUGGGCUUUGCCAGGUGGUAGCGUCCUACCAAGAGCUCUUCUCUGCCCAGGGCCCGGCAGGCAUGGAGAAGCUGGUGGCUUUUGCCCGGGAGUUGGGUAGCCGCUACUUUACUCUCAUAGAGAGGCGACUGGCGCAAGAACAAGGGAGUGGAGACAAUUCACUCCUGGUGCGGGCCCUGGAUCGUUUCCACCGGCGCCUUCGGGCCCCAGGCACCAUGCUGCCUGCAGCAGGGCUGACCGAGGCGGCCACUGAAAUCGUGGAGCGGGCAGCCCAAGAGCGGCUGGGCCAGCACCUGCAAGGGCUGUGUGCUGCCUUCCUAGGCUGCCUGACCGACGUGCGCCAGGCCCUGGCUGCUCCUCGACUGGCUGGCAAGGAGGGCCCGGGCCUGGGCGAGCUCCUGGCCUCUGUGGCUGGAGCCAUCCUGGGCCACAUCAAGGCCUCGUUGGCUGCUGUGCAUCUCUUUACUGCCAAGGACGUCUCCUUCUCCAACAAGGCUUACUUCAGGGGCGAGUUCUGCAGCCAGGGCGUCCGUGAGGGCCUCAUCGUGGGCUUCAUCCGGUCCAUGUGCCAGACGGCGCGAGGUUUCUGCGACAGCCCCGGUGAGAAGGGUGGGGCCACGCCGCCAGCCCUGCUCCUGCUGCUGUCCCGGCUCUGCCUGGACUACGAGACGUCCACCAUCUCCUACGUCCUCACCCUCACCGACGAGCAGUUUCUUGGGCAGGACCAUUCCCCUGUGACCCCGGUGAGCACCCUCUGUGCGGAGGCCAGGGAGACGGCGCGGAGGCUGCUGACUCACUACGUGAAGGUCCAGGGGCUGGUUGUGUCCCAGAUGCUCCGCAAGAGCGUGGAGACCCGCGACUGGCUCACGACCCUGGAGCCCCGCAACGUGCGGGCCGUCAUGAAGCGGGUGGUGGAAGACACGACCGCCAUCGACGUGCAGGUGGGGCUCCUGUACGAGGAGGGCGUCCGCAAGGCUCAGAGCAGCGACUCCAGUAAGAGGACCUUCUCUGUGUACAGCAGCUCCCGGCAGCAGGGCCGAUACGCCCCCAGCUACACCCCCAGUGCUCCGAUGGACACAAAUCUUCUGAGCAACAUCCAGAAGCUGUUCUCAGAGCGCAUCGAUGUCUUCAGUCCUGUGGAGUUCAACAAGGUGUCAGUCCUCACUGGCAUCAUCAAGAUCAGCCUGAAGACCCUGCUGGAGUGCGUGCGGCUGCGCACCUUCGGCCGCUACGGCCUGCAGCAGGUCCAGGUGGACUGCCACUUCCUCCAGCUUUACCUGUGGCGCUUCGUGGCUGACGAGGAGCUCGUCCACCUGCUGCUGGACGAGGUGGUGGCCUCUGCUGCCCUGCGCUGCCUUGACCCCGUGCCCAUGGAGCCCAGUGUGGUGGAGGUCAUCUGCGAGCGGGGCUAGCGCCCGGCUCCCCUGACGCUCUCCCCGGGUCCUGGGUGUUCCUUCUCUCCACAGUGACGCGGCCGUUCAAACUCCCCAUCUCAGAGGGGUUCCCCUCUCUCCCUAAUAAAAAAAAGUUUUCUU